AUAAGUGGCAUCUUGCUAAUGAUAGUCGGCUUUCGCUCUGAGUCGUGUUUGCUUGGUUCUUAGUUAGUUGAUCAGUAAAAAUUUGACAGCGAAAUGGACGGAGGCAUGGAAAGUAUAUAUAAUUUAAUUCCUAUGAAAAUAGAAAAACCUCCUAAGCCGCCCCGAUAUGAGUCGAAAUUUCGCACGGCAGUUAAAGACGAAACUAAACAAAACAGGUCUCCCAACAAGACUAUGGGACCAGCAAAAGUUGAUGUACCCACACCUGGCGAAUUUCUGAAAAAGAGAUCUGGAGAGCCCCAGUUACCAGAUAGGAAAGAUCUUUUUUUUGAUGACAAAGUUGGUCGCAAGCCACCAGUUCCAAGGAAAGAUGACAAACCUUUGAUGGGUAUUCGCACAAACAAAAAUUUUAUAAAUACAAAUGCUGUUGAAAAUAUAAUGUCCGUACCUAAAAAGCCUGUGCCAAAAUAUGUUGACACAAGGUGGGGUGAUAAUGGCCUCCUCGAACACUCGGGUUUGGUUCCAAAAUAUACAAAAAAGAAUGACUAUGGCACAGUUCCUGAAUAUUUGAAAAAACGAAAUGAAGAAACUCGUCGAGCGCAGGAAGAGUAUGAUCAUUAUAUACGUGAACGGAUGCGACAGGGUGCAAUGAAACAAUUGACUGAUGAGGAACGGGAUGGAAUAAUUGGCGGUCUGAAAAAGAACUGGGAAGAACUUCAUCAUCAAUAUCAAGGAUUGUCGGUUGUUACAGACACUGCACCAAAGAAGAAUCGUAAAGAACGAAUGGAGGCUGAAAUGAAACAACUCGAAAGAGACAUUGAAUUGAUUGAACGGCAUAAAAUUAUAUACAUUGCUAACUAACUUUGGUCAGAUUGUUCUUACUCAUUUUCCUUUAGACAACGCUCCACUAGUUGGAGUCAAAUUUCAUAAUAACAUUUAGGGAUACUUUCUGUGAAAUGUUAUCUACAGAGUUCUAUAUACUUCUACCUUUACGGGGAAACCAAAUUUAAAUAUUUCGCACCUGGUUUAACUUUAUUUACUUUUGGGGAUUUGUAAGUUGUUUUUAAAUAUCUGAAUUCUUCCAUGAAUUUAUUACUUGUAAGAGGACUUUUAUGCUUAAUAAGUGCCUUAAUAUAUGUAUUCCACAAUUUCUUCAAAAACUGCAAAGCAUGUAUGUAAAACUGUUCAACUAUGUACAGUACUUGUCCACUGUUUUUCAAAUUAUAUAAAGUCACCAUUAUUUCUGAAUUUACAAGCUCCAUUUUAUUACGAGUUUUUCUAUGCUGGAAGGAUAAUAUUAGUUAGUCAAUAUGCAGCACAUUGACAGCCGAGAUCAAAAAGUUUCCCCAAAGUUUGGGAAUUAAGGUUGUCACCAUGCUUAACAACUUGUAAAUAAACGUUAUUUCGUUACAAAUUUGGUAGUAAUUCCAAUUUUUUUUUCAAAUAUAUCUUCUCAAAUAAACUGAACAAAUGUUGUAGGAGUGGAAGCAUUGGCAACUUAUGCUCAAAACAAAUGUAGGUGCAAGUUUGAAGUUGCUAUUAUAGGUUAAAGUAAUACAAUGCUCUCCUAUACAUACACCCAGGCUUCUUAUAAUUUCGAACAGAUAUAUUUUAUUUGCAAUUCUGACGUCGAGAUAAGAUUAAUAUCAAAUUUGCUAAGUUGGAUAGCCUUUGAUUGGUACAUUCUUGAUUGAAAGCCUUAGUCUCACGAAUUGACUAAAUUUGCCAUGCUCGAGAGCUUUAAGCAAGUUCUAGAAAUGGUAUUAUGUCUGUCUGAAACGAUUAGGUAGGCAGUUUCUUAAAGCUAACACUCAUAAGAAAAAUGAAUCCAAAUUGUGUAAUUUCUCAUGUUCUCUUUGGCCUUGGACUUACUCUAUCAUGGAAAACAAGAAGAUUUACAAAACAUUACAGUGAUAUCAUUGUGUUUAGACAUUUUAUUAGCACAAUUACCAUAUACUUUCAUGACCGAUAUGCAGAAAAUAACACAUUUUUCGGAGAAAUUGUAAUUACCAAUAUGCCAAAUUCGAGGUUGAACAUUUUGUAAAAUAUGUGAUAACCACGAUGAAACGACAAACACAAAAUUGAAAGAUACUGAACUAGUAAUACAUAACAAUUAUAUAUAUUAAGCAUAAUAUUAAGUGUAUAUAAAUGAGAUGCCCAUUUCCACUACGGCUUUGGAGGAAAAUGGAGCAACAACCAUACAGCAAAUCAAAUAUUUCAAUCAUAUGAUUAACCAUCCAUAUAACAAAUGAACGUAAAAUAAUUUAUAGGAAACAGAUGGUGCUAGCUAGAGAAUUCCAGAUUUUAAAAAACUUAGGGAGUAAAUAUUUAGUCUAGAACUAGAUGUUAGUUAGGUUAUGUGAGAUUAACAAUCUAACUAAUGUCAAUGACCUAAUCCUCACCCAAAUAACUUAUCCCUCAAUAUUCUGUAUAAUUCACAUAUAGAAAACGAUAAUAAUACAUUUUUCUCAUAAAUUGCCCCCAAUGGAAUAUUAUUUAUCGCAGAUAUUUAUUCUUUCCUCAGUAAAAAGCCAAAUCAAUUUUUCAAAACAAUGAUCAUUCUGUUCUCACCAACACAAAUGAGAAAGCAGAGGGAUGAAUCUAUUAUCAUUUGACACCAAACCAUACCAAUGAACUGUUAAAUGGAACUUUGUGCCAAUGGGGCUCUAGCAAUAAAGUGAAAGAAUUAUAUUAUAAAUAGUUACAGACAAAAGCUAAAUUGUGCAAAAAUGGAAUUAGCUCUAAGUGGCUUCUAUGAAAUAGAAUUACACACAUUUUCAGGGUCUGUAAGUUUUCUUUGGGGACACAAGGACGAAAUAUACCAUGAGUUACAAGAACCCAUAAAUAAAAAUUCCACUAGUCUCCUCAUUUCACCGAGACGUAUGGUAAUUACUAUUUUAAAAGGUAGCUAAAAAUACAGCAGGUGAAAUGGAUGACCAAGAACAUUAUCUAUAAAUAUCAUAGAUAUCGAGGUGAAUCGGGUAUAAACAAUGAAUUUGAAGCCCUUCUUUAAAACAGCAGCAUUCAGUAAUGACAAGCAUUUAUUGCGCCAAAAUGUGGAAAUGACAUUGUUGAACAAAAAACUUGUUACAGCCUUCAAUAAGAAUUAUUUUCUAUUGGGAUAAUGAUUACUUUGAAAAUACAGCCCAGGUGGGAGCGAGCAGUCAUUGAUAAAACAUUCUUGGCCAAACAAGACAAAUAGAAGAGUA